GCUAAAACUCAGCUGACAAUUUCUCCCUUGUCUAGCAGCAGCAGCACUGGACAGAAGCUGCCUUUGGAUGUGCAACCCUUUCUCAGGGCCAGGGAGAGGAAGGCAGGUAAGCAGGCAAAGGAAGGAUGUGGGCUUACACCCUUGGUUUUACUGUCCUGCCUCACGUUGGAGGUUUCCUUGGCUGGUUCAUCAGUCGCAAAGAAACUCCAGUUUGGUAUGAGAAGCUGAAAAAACCUUCCUGGUGUCCAUCCCGCAGGAUAUUCCCUGUUGCUUGGACUGUCCUGUACACUGGCAUGGGCUAUGCCUCCUACCUCAUCUGGAACGACCUGGGGGGCUGCAGCAGCAAAGCCAUCAUCCCCCUUGGCCUCUACGGGGCUCAGCUGGCCUUGAACUGGGCUUGGCCUCCCUUCUUCUUCGGUGCACAUAACCUGAAGAUGGCACUGAUUGACAUCCUGUGCUUGGAUGGCCUGGCCAUAGGCACCGUGUGCUCCUGGUACAGCAUCAACAAGGUGGCGGCGCUGCUGCUGGUGCCAUACCUGGGCUGGCUGGCCAUGGCAACCUGCCUCACCAUCCGCAUCUGGAAGGACAACCCCGAGCAAAAACCAGGCAAGAGUGAAUAAAAGGGCAGGACAGAGACAAAGGCUUGCUGUGAAACUCAACAAUGCUGAUAUGAUGCAACGAAUCGCUCCGGGAUGGGCUCAGAACGUGCCUCGUCCUCCCACCUUCACCCUGGCUGCACCCAGGGACAGUUUGCACCGUGUGCCUGUGGGCUCCUGUAAAGCAACCACACACCCUUCACUUGGCAACUGCUUUCUCCAGCACUGCUGAGGGCUGGGGGCUACAGCUGUAUGGUGAGCUUCAUGCUAUCAGGUUCAACUCCAUUAGCUAAAUUAGGAUCUCAUGAGAGCAGUGUAAUUCAGAGCAGCAAUGCUGGACAUCCCUCCAAACUGCUCCCAGAGAGCAGAACUCGUUCCCACAUGUGGUAAAUCCCACCUUUUGGCACCACACAGUGGUGCCAUGCAUUCACUCAUGCACACUGAUGUUGAAGAACUUACUUGAUGUUUUUCCUCUUUCUUCUUGCUGUUGCUUCAUUUUUAUGUAUCACCUGGUUUGUGCUUUGUCCCAUUAACUUGGUAUCUGCCAGCUACUGAGCAAGCAGCAAUCUGUCUUGUCCUGCUAGUGAAAGGAGCCUGGGCACUUCCACCUCUAUUUGUGGAGUAUCACACUUCUUGAGUGGCAUGCUCCAAGAUAAAGCAGCAAUGAUUAGAAUGCAAAUGCUUCUCCCAAGAGGAAAUUUCCCUCUUCCACCUCUUCACUCACCAGAAAAAAAACAUCAGUGCCUUUGCAAAAGAUACUUUAAAUGUUGGGGGGUGGGGGUUAAGUGCAAGAAACAAAAGAGCUUUUGUACAAAGCCCUUGGAGGCUGGGCAAAAAGCCCCCUGCAGCACAGGUAUCUCAUCCCAGAGUCUUUCCCUUCCUCAAUCUUACUAAUCAGGAAAGGUUAAAAUAGAAGUAGUUCCAGAGGAACAGGACCAAUCCAUGACAGAAUCAGACACAAGAGGUGCAUGGCCCAGCCCUUGCCCAUCCCUUGUCCUGGCCAUUGCCUCUGACAGACCUGGACAUUGCCUGUUGCUGUCUACAGAGAGUAUCUGCUGUUGUAUUUUGUAACUGAUAGAAGCAAUGCAUGUGAAGAGAAGUGGUAAGUGAAUCUUCUGUCUGGCAGCUGACUGUAGAUGAAGGUGUGUGGGUAACACUUGUAAAGGCUGGGGGUGGGGGGCUCAGCUGGGGAGGUAAAAGAAAUUGUAUUUGCUUUUAAUAAAGCCAGGCCACUUUGUUUGGAGAAUAAAUCAA